UGCAUCCAAGGCUGCCAGAGGGUGGUCUGCGCCGCAUCAUCCUCACCGCCUCCGGUGGCGCCUUCAGGGACUGGCCCGUGGAGAAGCUCAAGGACGUGAAGCCGGCGGACGCACUGAAGCACCCCAACUGGAGCAUGGGGCGCAAGAUCACCGUGGACUCCGCCACCCUCAUGAACAAGGGGCUGGAGGUGAUUGAGGCGCACUACCUGUUUGGCGCGGACUACGACAACAUCGACAUCGUCAUCCACCCGCAGAGCAUCAUCCACUCCAUGGUGGAGACGCAGGACUCGUCGGUGCUGGCGCAGCUGGGGUGGCCCGACAUGCGCCUGCCCAUCCUCUACACGCUCUCCUGGCCCGACCGCGUGCCCACCUCCGAGAUCACCUGGCCCCGCCUUGACUUCAUCAAGAUGGGCGACUUGACGUUCCGGGAGCCCAACCGCGACAAGUACCCGUCCAUGGACCUGUCAUACGCGGCGGGGGGCAGGCGGUACCAUGACGGGCGUGCUGAGUGCGGCCAACGAGGCAGGCGGUGGAGAUGUUUCUCGACGACAAAAUCUCCUACCUGGACAUCUGCCGGGUCAUCGAGAGCACAUGCGACCGCCACCGCAACGACCUGUGGUAGCGCCGUCGCUGGAGGACAUCGUGCACUUCGACCAAUGGGCGCGCGUCUACGCCGCUGAGGUGGCGUCCAAGCUCAGCACCGUCUCUGUCUGAAACCGCGCAGGGCAAGCCAAUUGCACUUCCUUCACUCUGGAUACCGGUAGAUGACAGUUUUGGGAUAGCUUUUACUUGUAGCUAAUAUAUGUAGCAAUAUGUUUAUCAUGACCGGGUGUAUCGGUUUUAGUUCUAUUCUACUACCGUAUGAGUCGCAAAUUUCGCGCCUGUGCCUCUUCCUAUCCCUGCAACGUUAUUCAUCCCAACACGAUCGUCCACGCGUUAGUCCGACAUCUGUAGUCCCUCCCGGGGAACACGUCCGAGGUGCUAGAAAACUUGCCAACACGAGUAGGCGGUAGAGAACUGUCCCCGAGUCGCGAUCGCGCCACCCGCGUCUCCACGUAGCUGUCCUCCGCACUCCUCGCCGCCGCACUCCGCGCACCCAAUUCACAAUGCCUCCAGGUCCCGAGCGUCGCAUCGGCGGUCGCCUGCCCUAUGGCUCGUCGCACGCCGCCAUGUCGUACGGCGCGCCCUUCGUCGCCACGUCCGCGCCCAAGCCGCAGCCCGCUGCGCGCCAAGCGCCAGGCGGGGAGGGAUCGGGCAGGGGGGAGGCAGGCGGACUCAG